AUGAAUGCCUAUAAGCGUCGUAGAAAUCACGCUCCAGACUGGCAAUCCUAUUACAAAAAUGGUAUUCCUCAGGAAGUCAUCGUGAUCGAGGAUUCUGCAUCUCCUCGUCUUUCUCCUGCUUUGCCUGCUUACCCGAGUCAUCCAAUACAACAAUGUUUUGCUCCUGCAGCUGCAGCUCCUCCUUCUAUUUCUUCUCCUUCCAUGAAUGCACCCCUUUUGCAGCCCUAUCCGUUUCAAAAUCCUGCUCCCUCCGACGCCAAUCCUUCCCGUCCUCUUACAAAUGCGUCUUCUCAUCUUCCUCAUCCGUAUAAUUUUUGGUUAGACCACAAUGCUACCAUUUCAAAUCCAUAUGCGGCAGUUGCUCCACAUCCACAAGCUCAUCCUCCUCCGCCUCCUCCUCCGCCUUCCUCUUCCUUUCUUGUUUCCUCUCCGAACACAAUCCCUUCGUAUCCUCAUCCUCCUCCUUCUUACGUUCACCUUUCUAAUCUACCCCUUCAUCCUCCUGCACAGCAUCAGGCACCUCCCACGACUCAUCUUCUGAGACCUCCUGUUUCUGCUGUCCCUUCCCCUGCUCCUGCUAACCAACAUUUUCCCGUUUCUCCUUCACAGCCAGUAUUGCCUCGUAUUUCUUUAAAUUCAUCAAAUCCCUCCUACCCGAAAAUGCAACUUCCUCCUGUACAUCGCCGUCAUAAAAUACCUUCUAAUCAGUACGAUUCACCUGCUUCGUACCCAUCAUUUUUCCCUCCUCAUCUCUCUCCUCAUCAAAGCAAUGGCUCAAUCCUUCCUGCUAAUUCCGUUACUCAAAAGCCUAAGGAGCAAGUUAAUUACUCUUCCAUUCCUAAUUCUGCUUCUGCGACACAGGCUGCCGUUCCUCUUUCUCCUACUCUAGCCGUCUGGUUGCCUAUGACUCAAUCUAAUUUUCAACCUCCUCCAACUUAUACUUAUCAGCCUUCUAAUAUAACGAACGACCCUAUGGUCGUGCCUGAUCCUCCUCCGCCUGCGAAAUUACCUCAGCCUAAAAAGAGGAAACGUAAUACAACUGCUUCAACAAAAAAAGUCAAUUGUGUCAACGUUCCUCUAGUAGCUGAUAAGCUGAAUCUAAACUCAUCCGUCUACGAUGACGAUGAUGGUCAUUAUAAAGUUAUUCCAAAUACCAACUUUGCAGAAAGAUAUACAGUCAUUCGACUGUUGGGCCAUGGUACCUUUGGGAAAGUAAUCCAAUGUUAUGAUCAGGUCCAGGGAAAACACGUUGCUAUAAAGGUAACUCGAGCAAUUCCAAAGUACAGGGAGGCAAGUCUCAUUGAGCUUCGCGUUCUUCAAACCAUUUCUCAAAAUGACCCUACAAAUGAAAAUAAAUGUAUUGAGUUGAAGGACUAUUUUGAUUACCGGAAGCAUAUUUGCAUUGUUACUGAUCUUUUUGGUUGGAGUGUUUUUGAUUUCCUUAAAAACAAUAAUUACAUACCUUUUCCGUUAUUCCAUAUUCAGUCUUUGGCUCAUCAACUAUUUAAAAGUGUCGCCUUUUUACAUGAAAUAGGGUUGGUACACACUGAUUUAAAACCGGAAAAUGUUUUGUUGGUAUCGAAUGCAUCUAAGAAUAUCCGCUUGCCUUAUCGGAAUUAUUCACAAAAGCUUCUUAAUAAUACUGAAAUUCGGUUGAUUGAUUUCGGUAGUGCUACUUUUGAGGAUGAAUACCACUCCAGCGUGGUAAGUACGCGGCAUUAUAGAGCUCCUGAGAUUAUACUAGGUGUAGGAUGGUCUUAUCCAUGUGAUAUUUGGAGCUUAGGGUGUAUUAUAGUUGAGCUUUUUACUGGACAAGCGUUGUUCCAAACUCAUGAAGAUAAUGAACAUUUGGUUAUGAUGGAAAAGGUUAUUGGUCCUUUCAAUUAUGAUUCUAUUUCUAGGGCAGGCCGUUCAACACAGCGGUUUUUCAGGACAAAUGGAUCGGUUAAAUAUCCCUUGUCUAAUACACCAAAAAAAAGUACAUCGCCGGGUAUUACUUUGCUUUUGGAUCUUUUGAGGAAAAUAUUUGUUUAUGAUCCGGCAAAACGGAUUACGGCAAAAGAGGCUCUGUGGCAUCCAUUUUUUAGUCAAGCUUUAUCUGUUAAUUUUUAA